AUGGCUUCGCACAACAGCUUCGACAAUCAGGCUCCAGCCCUCCUCGACCGACAUCCCAAGUCGCCUUCAUCUCCACCUCCGGCUGCCUCCUCACCCAACCUCCUGAAUACGACCUCCUCAGCUCUCUUAUUUGCUCAGCCCGUCCUGCCUCUCAACUUGCGGCGUUCAGUGGACGAUCACCAGGCGCCCCCCCCAGUCCCGCCACACCAAAACACUGCAGCCUCCAGCACAACCACUUCCACUACUACUACCGCGGUCGCCUCCCUUCAGUCCACGCAUCCUACCGUCAAUUCAUCAUGCUGCAUUCUUAUUGACGGCCAGCCACAGCCGGUAGAGGCUGUCCAAAGCCUGGUGACCCAUUUACGAGAGGAGAUCGCUUUACGCAACACCCAGAUUUCCCGUCUAACAAGCGAGGUCGAAAGUCUGCGCCGCAUGGUAGGCGAUCGCAAUCGUGAUGUAGAUCAGCUGAAGUCUGUGCUUGACCAGAAGUAUGUCCCGCUGGCGGCUGUAAAUGGCGCCAAUCACAGUGGCAACAACAGCAGAAGUAACAAUAAUGCGGUCAACACCUUGAACAGUGUGUGUAUGGUAGAAGAGAUUAUGGAUCUGGGGGAGGGAGGUACGGCAUCCCUUCCCCCGGUUUCCUCAUCCCAGUCUACCGUUGUGCCCCCUGCUCGCAUAAAAAAGCAGGGCGUGUGUGGAGAGAGUGUCUCGCGCAAUGCCAACAUCGGGUUCAUCCAUUACGAGAAGGAUCAUAACUCACGGUCGCUGAUUUACAACGCGAUUACCAGCAACGAUUUCCUCAACAACCUGGAGCAGAGCCAAAUUGAGGAGAUUGUCCUCUGUAUGUACGAGAAGCGUGUCAACAAGGGUUGCUUCAUAAUCCGCGAGGGGGAGCCGGGCGAUGCCCUCUACGUCACUGCAGAGGGACUACUGGAAGUGCUGAAGGGCGACCAGGUUAUCGGACAAAUGGAAGUAGGUCGCGCCUUUGGUGAAAUGGCCCUCCUCUACAACUGUAAUCGAACCGCUUCAGUCAAAGCCCUUACGAACGCCAAAUUUUGGACCCUUGAUCGAAGAGUCUAUCAACAGAUAAUGAUGAAUUCCUCUGUUCACAAGCACAAGGAGAACUUUCAAUUCCUUUUGAGUGUGUCAGACUUCAAGAAUCUAUCACAAAGAAAGCUCCAUAAGUUGGCAGACGUUUUGGAAUUGAUUUACUACUCGGGUAACGAAUACAUUAUUCGUCAGGGUGAGGUUGGUGAGACCUUCUUCAUCAUUCACUCUGGCCAGGUGAAAGUGACUCAAUCAAAACUGCCGGGUGAACCACCGCAAGAUAUUCGCUUUCUUGGGGCCGGCGACUGGUUUGGUGAACGAGCACUUUACACACGAGAUAAACGAAGUGCAAAUGUUGUCGCCAUGCCUCCUGGUGUCCACGUUCUCUGUCUCGAUAGGAGCAAUUUCAUUCAUCUCAUUGGAGACUUGAACGAAAUUAAAUCCCGAGAAUACGGCGAUUCUAAUCAAAGCCUUCUCAGUCCUUUUAAAUUUAUCUUGGAAGUGGAGUUUACGUUAAAACACGAUGAGAUAUCUAAAGCUCUUCGCCCUCUCAUUGCUAGUCAAUCGCCUGCCACAGAUGUGGAGGACUCCCUUGGCUCUGGGGACAAUCGCACGUCAAUGACUUCGCAAUUAUCGGCGGAGGAGGGUGCUGCGGGAGGGGCUGUGGGCUCAGGAUCGGGGUCAGGAUCAGGGAUCAUGAGUCUCUCGCCUUUCUUCUCCACCGUGCCCCAAGUCUCCUCGAGGCGUGGCUCCAGCGCAUUGGCGGAGAGAGACAUGACCAUCGGAAACGCCCGCGCCUGUGCUGGGCGGGAGAACAUCAAAUAUGAAGACCUUGUCCCUGUGGCAAUUCUCGGUAUUGGUGGCUUUGGACGGGUUGAGUUGGUGGUUUUGAGGUACGAUCCAACAAAGUCAUUUGCCUUGAAAUGCAUGAAAAAAAAGCACAUUGUAGAUACUCGACAGGAGAAGCACAUCUUCUCCGAAAGGAAUCUUAUGUUCGAAAUCAAGUCCUCCUUCGUUUGUCGAUUGUACGCCACUUAUCGAGACGCAAAGUAUGUCUAUAUGCUUUUGGAAGCCUGCCUUGGUGGUGAGAUAUGGACAGUGCUUCGCAAUCGUGGAAACUUUGACGAUAACAUCACUCGGUUCAUCGUGGCAAGCGUGCUGGAGGCCUUCACUUACCUCCACACUAAUCACAUCAUCUACCGCGAUCUGAAGCCAGAAAACCUCCUUCUCGACGGACGGGGGUACAUAAAACUGUGUGACUUCGGUUUCGCAAAGAAGAUAAGUCCGGGAAAGAAGACGUGGACCUUUUGUGGAACCCCCGAGUACGUCGCUCCUGAAAUCAUUCUCAACAAGGGUCACGACCAUUCCGCCGAUUACUGGUCUCUGGGAAUCCUUAUGUUCGAGCUUCUCACCGGAAGUCCGCCAUUUACGGGGAUGGAUCCGAUGAAGAUAUAUAGCAUCAUCCUCCGUGGCAUCGACGCCAUCAUGUUCCCGCCAUUCCAAAUUAAUCGGACGGCGAUGGCGCUCAUUCACCGACUUUGUGCGCAGAAUCCAGUAGAACGCCUUGGUUAUGGCCGUGGAGGUAUUGUGGACAUCAAGCAGCACAACUCCUAUACUCGUCAUUCUGACGCAUUCAUCGCUUUGGUGACAAAUGUUCGCGCAGAGUUUAGAGCCAUCACUUUUGAAUACUCAUUAGUACCUUUCCUUUGUUCCAGGUACUUUCAGGGAUUUGAUUGGAUUGGGUUGUGCAGAGGCACCCUUCAAGCACCAAUCCUGCCAAAGGUGAGCUGUCAGUACAAUGCUGUCACUGGUGACCUUAUUGAGUUUAUGUUGUUGAAGAUAUCGGGACCCACCGACGUCUCAAACUUCGACCACUAUCCUGAUAUCACUGAUGUGCCGCCAGAUGAACUCUCGGGAUGGGACGUGGACUUCUGA